CUUCGAUGACCAUGACCCUGCAGUGAUCCAUGAGAACGCUGCUCAGGUAGAAGCUCUGGUUCCGAUCCGUCUGGACAUGGAGAUAGACGGACAGAAGCUGCGGGACGCCUUCACCUGGAACAUGAACGAGAAGCUGAUGACCCCCGAGAUGUUUGCAGAGAUCCUGUGUGACGACCUGGACCUGAACCCCCUGGCCUUCGUCCCCGCCGUGGCCUCGGCCAUCCGUCAGCAGAUUGAGUCCUACCCCACAGACAGCAUCCUGGAGGAGCAGGCAGACCAGAGGGUCAUCAUCAAGCUCAACAUCCACGUGGGGAACAUCUCCCUGGUGGACCAGUUCGAGUGGGACAUGUCUGAGAAGGAGAACUCUCCGGAGUCCUUCGCCCUGAAGCUGUGCUCMGAGCUGGGUCUGGGAGGAGAGUUCGUCACCACCAUCGCCUACAGCAUCCGGGGUCAGCUGAGCUGGCACCAGAGGACCUACGCCUUCAGUGAGAACCCUCUGCCCACCGUGGAGAUCGCCAUCAGGAACACAGGAGAUGCAGACCAGUGGUGCCCCCUGCUGGAGACCCUGACUGACGCUGAGAUGGAGAAGAAGAUCCGAGACCAGGACCGGAACACCAGGAGGAUGAGACGCCUGGCCAACACCGCCCCCUCCUGGUAGAAGACCGUGUCUCCUGGACGUCCAGAUGUGGACCAGGACAAAGAUGAAGACCUGAGCUCAGCUGAGACAUGAUGUCAUCAUCAGCUGAUUCCCUCCUCUUCCUUUGUUUCACAGCGGGUCAGAACAUCUGUCCAUGAGGGACAGGUGACCUGAUGACAUCAUCAGGACUUGUUGGAGCCCCGGUCCUGAUCUGUGAGGUCGGGUCUGGUGUUCUGUUGGUUCUGGUCCUGGUCCUGGUCCAGGUCUGUGUGCAGGUGUUUGACUCUGAGCACAGCUGCAGACUGAGGUUCUGUUUCAUCCUUCAGCUGCUGACCCGCUCAGCAGAACCACCACUCGGACCAGAACCAGAACCAGAAACAGAAACAGAACCAGAACCACCACCUGUGUGUUUGUGUUUGUG